AGCUUGCAGCAUUUGCAUUCGUCUACGAGCGUUUUCUUAUCGCGGUUCACUUCUCGUUUCAUGUGCAACUGCAGUACCGGCAAUGGAGAGCCAGCGGUAAAGUCAACUGAGUUUGAGGUUCGACGAGUGAAAGUGUGGAUGUGGAAGUGAGUUGACUACUACGGACCUAUCUUGCUUUCACGUUGCUGUUGCGACGGAACAUUAACUGGGAGUGACCAGCUGCUGCUGAAAACGUCUUUUUUCAACCGCAUUUAGCUCCAGAAGAGAUAUUUUCAUGGGACUAAUAGCGCUAUCUUAUCGUGGUUCGCCUCUCUCCUUAUCACUGCUGCGGCAAGGGCGUUGAGAGCCAACGGACACUGACGCGCUAAUUCAGUUUAUGUUGCCGGAGUGAGGUCGUGAAAGCAGAAGUGAGUGGAGAACAAGUCAGACCGUGGUUUUUUUAUUGUUUACAGGCCGUUGCUGUGGAAGCUGAAAUAAGGAAACACUAGCGCCCGUAGUCGCAAAUGUCGUCGGCUGCCAUACGUUCAUAGCAUAUGCACAGACGUUGCGACCUCUUGGCGCAAAAGCUAGUAACGUCGCAUUAGGUUAGGUUAGGCCAGGGCAGGUUAGAUUAGAUUGGCUGCUUUCGCUUCUGACAACGUCAUCAACACCACUUCUCGUGUGGUUUCAAGACAACACCGACUCGGCUGCGAAGAGACACCGAUGGCCGACGGGGAGCCGCCCUUGCACCGCGUUCGUCAUCACGUGCACGGCGUCAACUGGAGACCGACGCGAUUCGUGGACGGUGUGCCGUACUACCACUCGUGCGGCCUCUGCAACGUGAUUCCGAGGAAGACGGUGUUGCUUCCCUGCUCUCACGUGUUGUGCCAGUCGUGUUACAGGGGCAGCAUUACGGAAGACGACGGCAGUGAUGGCAGAGGAGUGUGUCCCUUGGAUGAGGAUCCGUUCGAAGUGCACCAGUGCGCCAGGAUUAGGCUUUCCGCGACGAAGUUGAAUAGCUUCAGGGCGUACUGCUGGAACCAAGAAAAUGGUUGUGAGUAUGUGGGGACUCUGCAAGAAGUCCUCGUGCACUGCGAAGAGCAGUGCACCUUUCACACCGUGGCGUGCCCGAGGUGCAGAGAGAACGUUCUACACGCUGACCUUCCGGCGCACUACGUGGCUGGCUGUGGUGGAGGCAGUGAAUCGUCGGCCGAAACAGAGGAAUCAACCGAGCAGGACAGCGAACACACGUACAACAAUACUUCGCAGACUAGUUGGUCCAUGCUGAAAGCUCGACUUUCUGAGCUGCGGGAGGAAAGAAGGAGCAGACAAAAGCUUCGCCCGACGACGAAGGCUUUAGUAUGGAGAUCUUACUGCGUUCGUGGCUGA